AUGGAUAAGAGUUCCGAAGACGAACUUCCGGUGGCUGCAGGCGAGCAAAGCAAGAUCACGAAGAUCCGACUGGAAAAGCUUCUUCAAGAGUAAGCAAUGACCCGAGUUUGUCUUUGUUUCUGCAACAAGGUUAUGGUACUACGUAGUAGUCCCUUGCUUCCUUGGUUUUGCGACACUAAUUGAGUUUUGUACCUCGAUAAACUGCGAAAGUAUGCCAAACUUUAA